UAUGCAUAAUUUAAAUUGGGUAUAUUUGCUUCAUCUUUUUUUCUACCGAGGGCGAAUGACAAUUGUUCAAGGAGCUCCAGACAGGGUGCAGUAGUGGGUUGUUUCCACUAGAAGCUGAUAGGGAGCUGGAGAGCCCUGGGAAUUAAUCAGGCUGGGUUUACUUGCUCGUCCUUCAGUGAUAUAUAAACACAAUUGGGACUUGGAGGGAGACACAGCACUUGUUCUUAUAACAGUCCGAUUUAUAGAUGGUUUCUUUUGUACUUAGGUUAGAUCAUUGUAUGCACAACACCUUGGAUGUGAUCAACAGUGCUGCCUGGUUACUUGAUGCUGCUGCUGGAGAUGAGAGUUGGAGACUGGUCCAUCUGGAAGAAGAGCUACAUUAAAUGCCUGUUGUGAGAUUUAGCCCUAAGCAGUCAUUUCACUUUUGUCAAUAUGACAGUCAGAUGAGGACAUGGAAACAUAGUGCUAGCCUUCAAGGCGAGUGGAUGAGGAAUAGAUUUGCAAACAUCAAUGCAAACAGAGGAGGAUCAUCCCUGCCCUGAGCCCCUGUCUCCAAAAUUCAGGCAAUAAUAAAAGGGGAGAUAACAGCCAGCAUCCAUUCCCAACUAAAACCCUAGUACAAAGGAAAGCCCUGGUCUCCGGCUUGCUGCCUUCUGAGCCUGCUAUGGAACACUUCCUUCGAGUCCAAGGAACAGGGAAAUGCUACAUAUUGUGUUUCUGUACCAUGGAUACCUAACGAGAGCCAUUCCUUGCUGCGAUUGCCAGAUUCCCAACUGCCUGCAGGAGGAGGCCGGAGACAAGUCAUGUGAGGAUCAGUAUUUACACAGUGAUGGCUUCCUGGCACGCCGACGUGUUACCUGCAUAUGUCACCAGGCCAAAUCCCCGUCCAAUGAGAUCCAUGAUCAUAUUGACUGUGGUGAAAUGAAGUGGAGGGUCUCAGGAGACAAAACACAUCACUGAUCCCCCCCCCCCACGCUUGGCAAAAGAGUUUAUUGCUGGUUUACAUUCCCAAGGCCUUCCAAGCGGAUUUUUAAAAAAACAAAAACAAUGUUAUUGGACAGUGCUUUAUGAAACUGCUGGCACAUGUGGAGUUUGGCAACUGGUUUUGCUUCUAGGACAAAUACCUGAAGAGAUAUCUGGCUGCGUUUCAGCUGAACUCUUUUUACAGUUUUUUUUCCACACAAGUUUUGCUUUAAGAGAGCUCUAGGGACAUUCUUUGGACAUUCCUCUUCUUCUGCAAAAAAAAACUCAACUGACUUUGCUGCACCCCCUCUUGCAAAUUGGUUCCACUCGCCCAGAGCUCACUGCGCUUCCUGUUCAUUUUUUCUUCCACAGGCUCCUCACUUUCAAAGGCCGGAAAAUACCAGUGAGACCAGGUCCGGACUGGCAAUCUGUGGGUUCUGGCAAAAGCCCGAGGGGCUGCUGUAAGAUGCCAUAGACACUCACUAUUUAGUGGGCCAGUGGGGUGUUGUUUGGGCCACCGUGUGGCCUGUUGAGGCCUCUGGGUACCUGAAAUGCCCGGGCCUAUUUUGAGUCUCAGUUCAGACCUGCUUGAGACCAUGAGGCCGUUUGCCUUCAUUUUUGUUUUCCUGACAGAUUCAGGUGAAGUCACAAAGGCCAAGUCCGGCCACUGAGAGGCAAAAACACUGGAUUAAAGUUUUAUUGCCACCAUGACAGGGUGGUACAGUCCACUGAGCAGUCUCCCUGUCACACAGUAAAUAGUGAGCUCACAGGAACGCGCACCUCCCAGCAGCAGAGAUGGAGGUUGCCAUGGUGAGCGCGGACAGUUCCGGCUGUAGCAACCACCUGCCUUACGGAUAUGCACAGGCCCGCGCCCGCGAGCGGGAACGCCAGGCGCAUUCCCGCGCCGCAGCCGCUGCCGCUGCUUCUGGAGAAGGCGGGAACUCAGGGGGCGGAGCCGGAGUGAACGCGCGGCGCGCGCCUCAGAAUCAAGUGCCAGAGCAGCAAGAGGAGAAGUCAUCGCAGAAAAAGAAAAGUGCCAGGCGGAGGUACUGGCCACUAAGCGGCUGCAACAGGUGGAGGAGCCGGCACAACGAAUGCAGCGGAGGCGCUGGAGGAAGAAGAGCAGGAGGAGAAGACGACGGCACCUUCCCCUCGGAGCUGGGUCUAUGCGGCUCUGAGGAGAUGAUGCUCAGGGAAGAGGUGGCUGAGGAGGACCAAAAGUUUUACAUUUGUGAAGAGGAUGAUAAGGAGGCCAACAGCCUGCACAGGAGGAGAAGCCCCACAGAGGAUGGAUAUCACCCUGUGUACAGCGAGUUUGAGUGCUGUGAGAGGGUCGUGAUCAACGUGUCAGGAAUGCGCUAUGAGACCCAGCUAAAAACUUUGAGCCAGUUUCCCGAAACUCUGCUGGGCGACCCAGAAAAAAGGACGCGCUAUUUCGACCCUCUGAGGAACGAGUAUUUCUUCGACCGCAACCGCCUGAGUUUCGACUCCAUCCUAUACUACUACCAGUCCGGGGGAAGGCUGAAGCGGCCGGUCAACGUGCCCUUCGACAUCUUUUCCGAGGAGGUCAAGUUUUACGAAUUGGGAGAGGAGGCCUUGCUAAAAUACCGCGAGGAUGAAGGUUUCGUUAAAGAGGAAGAAAAGCAGCUGCCAGAAAAUGAGUUCAAGAAGCAAGUGUGGCUACUGUUUGAGUACCCGGAAAGUUCGGGGGCAGCUCGGGGCAUUGCCAUCGUCUCAGUGCUGGUCAUUCUAAUCUCCAUUGUCAUCUUUUGUUUGGAAACAUUACCGGAGUUCAGGGAUGACAAGGAUAAUUUGCUGUCUCCGCUGGGAAUGGGGGAUGAUGAUGGUGCAGGGGAAGAUGGAGAGGGAGGGGCUUACAAUGCAACUUUUCUAUCAACAGAUAGUGGUCACACUGCAUUUAAUGAUCCAUUUUUUAUAGUGGAGACUGUGUGCAUUGUCUGGUUCUCCUUUGAGUUUGCUGUGCGCCUUUUUGCUUGCCCGAGCAAACCUGAAUUUUUUAAAAACAUAAUGAACAUAAUAGACAUUGUGUCCAUUUUGCCUUACUUUAUCACCCUGGGUACUGAGCUUGGGCAGCAGCACCCCCCUCAGCAGCAGCAGCACCUUGCCCUAGUAACAGGGCAACAACUUCCCCAGGGAACUGGGCAGCAACAGCAGGCUAUGUCCUUUGCUAUUCUGAGGAUAAUUCGCCUGGUUAGGGUCUUCCGAAUCUUUAAAUUGUCCAGGCAUUCCAAGGGGCUGCAGAUACUUGGUCACACCUUGAGAGCCAGCAUGAGGGAACUGGGAUUACUCAUCUUCUUUCUUUUCAUUGGGGUCAUUCUAUUCUCAAGUGCUGUUUAUUUUGCAGAGGCUGAUGAACCCACAACCCACUUUCAGAGCAUCCCUGAUGCCUUCUGGUGGGCUGUUGUUACAAUGACCACAGUGGGUUAUGGGGAUAUGAAGCCCAUUACUGUUGGGGGUAAGAUAGUGGGCUCCCUGUGUGCCAUAGCAGGGGUAUUGACUAUCGCACUACCAGUGCCAGUGAUAGUUUCAAACUUUAACUACUUUUACCACAGGGAAACUGACAAUGAUGAACAAACACAGUUGACACAGAGCAGCUCCAGCUGCCCAUACUUACCCACCAUCCUAUUGAAAAAGUUGAGGAGCUCCACAUCUUCCUCUCUUCAGGACAAGUCUGAAUAUCUAGAGAUGGAGGAAGGGCUCAAAGAGUCUCUCUGUGUAAAGGACAAGGCUAGUGAGGGUACAUGGAAUGGCAACGAGACCAUUAAGUAUAACUGUGUGAAUUUAAAAAUUCUGGAAACUGAUGUGUGAUAUAGUGAAAUAUAUUUUUGGAACUUUCUCAGAGUCUAUUUAUGCAUUGAAGAGUGCAGUGAUCAAAUGAAAUAUGCAAAUCUAAUCAGAAACUCGACAGCCAGUUAUCUGAUUAGGUAUGAAAUACUGUGGCUUCCUGUUGUAAGAACAAGCAAACUUGGGACCAGAUCAAAUGCUACAAGAAAAGCAGUGCCUGUUCUUUGGCUUUGUUUUUUUUCUAAAGUGAUUUGUCCAUGAUAAAAAUAUUGCAGUGUGACAGUCUGCACUAUUUACCACUUUAGAGAGGGGUACAUGCUUAUUUAAUCGGGAGCAGAAACCACCAUGUCGUUCUUGACUGCUGUGUUUUCAAAAAUACCUGGCACCCAGUAAAAUGACAUUGUUUACUUGUUUGCUUAUGAUCAUUUUUUUUACAAAAAUGUUUAUUUUUUAAAAAAAUCCACAUCAAUAGAAUUUUUUCUUUUUUAAAUGACGGCUUGCUGUAGAUUCCUAUCCAGAUACCGCACUGUGUUUUGUGCUUUUACUAAUGACUAAGGAACGAAAUUCUUAUGUGUUGUCAUAUACUCAUCAGGUCUGACAUAUCAAGGAUAGAAUGGGUAAACAAAGGAAUUUUAAAGUGAAAACAUUUUUAAAGAAUGCAAUGCAAUGCUUCUGCAACUCAUUGCACACGACUGCUCAGACAAGUCAGUUUUUUAUUUUUACAUUUUCAAUUUAUUUUUUUCUUUCUAAAUUACUCAGUAUGAGAUUAGCAAAGAUAUAUAGUCAAAAUCAAACUAGAAACCAUCUUAAAAAUGUCUUCUCGUUCCACUUAAGCUACACUUAAUUAUAUUGAAAUUUACUGUGCAAUUUUAGAAAUGGAACAGCUGCCCAGUGCCUCCAUUGGAUAAGAGUUUAUCUAAAUGUUUAUCCCAAAUUGCAAUCAGUAAGGGCUGCCAACUAUGCAUAGUAUCACUGCUAGCAGAGCAUUUAUUAGGUGACUGACAGGAUUGAAACUUUUUCCUUUCUUGCUGCUUGUAGUGCAUUGAUAGGGAAUGCUUUUUUGCACAACAGCAUAAGCUGGAUAAAUGAGGAAAUUUGACAAGGCAUCGUACUGUGAACCAUUUCUGUAAUUCUGAAGUUUCUAGACAAUCACUAAAGCAGGACAUCUGGAGAUUCCUGUUAACUUUGACAUGAGUAUUGUAUUUAAUACAGUUGUGUAGCUGAAGCAGUUUGUUUUAGUAUAUGUUUCAUUCUAGUUCAUCUAUGAAUUUGCACAGCUGAUUGUAUUAUUAUUUUUGUCUUUCCAUCACUGUCACAGUAUGUUUUUUAGCCACAGUUAAAUUGAUCAUUUUUUUCACCCGAACAGUUGCUUUACUGUACUGGGCCUUAAAAAUUUAAUAUAUGCCAAAGCCCAAAAAUUUAUGAUUAAUAUAUUUUCAUUAUAACUUCAGUUUAUAUAAAUAUAUAUAUAUUUUAAGUGAAAAAAAAAAAAAGAAAACCGGUUUGUGUCACUUCAGUUGUUAUAAUAAUAUUUUACAAUUGGCUAGAAAAUGUCUACAUUUUUUUUAAAAAGUUCAUCAAUAAUUAACUUUUCUUUAUAAAUGGCAGUUCUUAGUUUAUCCUGUCACACUAAAUAGUAAUGUUAACGUGUGUUAGCACGAUGUCUGAUUUACAGUGACGGAGGUCUUUAUGUUGUGGUUUCAGAAUUAAAGCUAUGUUAUUAGAAGAAGAAAUCCAGUUACAGUGUGUGGCGCGAUUGAAGCAUUCCUCAAUAUAUAGAGUAAUAUAUAAUUAUAUAUCAUUAAAUCAUGGAACGUUUACAACCAAACCUUUUGCUGCUACACUUUGUUUUGUGGCAGCAAUAUGAUUAAUCUAAAAUAGUGCGGGGAUAUAGGGAAAUAUUACAGUUGCUGCCUUGUCUACAGUAUGGGUUUACAGUAAUACGUAUCUGCAUAUAACUAGAACGGCUUUAACAUAUUUCAGUGCUGGAAGUCUAAGCAAAAUGCCUUGCUCAUCUCCUGGACCCGAACAUUCAUGAAUGGGUUAUUCAUUUUCAUAGCAUUGUGAAAUUCUUCCCUUUUGUGAGUACAUGUGAGUACAUGACCUUGAAAUCUUAAAAUAAAGGGAAUAUUAUUUUUUUGGA